AUGUUCACCUUAUUGCUUGAUGUAGUAUUCACUUUAUUACUAAUAUUAACUUUAUUGCUAAUAUUAACUUUAUUACUAAUAUUAACUUUAUUACUAUUAUUAACCUUAUUACUAUUAUUAACCUUAUUACUAUUAUUAACCUUAUUACUUGAUGUAAUAUUCACUUUAUUACUAGAUGCCAUAUUAGAAGCUGAUGAUGUAAUAUUGAUCUUUCCGCCUGAUGAAGCACUUAAUACCUUAUUAAUUAAAUUAGAGUGUUCUUUAUUUGUAGAUGUCACCUGUGCUAUUGGAAUUGUUUUAGUUACAUUGUUUACUACUACUCUACCUUUAGAUGUUUCAGCUUGUUUUGCUAUUCUCUCUUUCUUAAUUCCUUCUGCAAUUGAUUGA